AUGGUGGCGUAUCGUGUAUCUAUGUACCUUAGUAGAUUUUUUCGAGGUGACUUAUGUAACGGGAGGCGUAAAUAUGACGCAGGCGCGAUUUUGGUUUCGCGUGAGAAAGGGUGCGUCAGUCGGCCCUCGGCGUCCAGAGGUGCUUCGCGCUCUGCGCCGCGCCCCUUACCGCCAGAGCGUGGCACGGGGCGUGGCGCUUACGUAAACACGCAUGCUACACCCGUCGCUGCGGCCACGCCACUGUCCGUCCUAGAACGACCCCAUGUCGGCCCGCCGCUUUCUCAAUUUAUGUGGAUAACUCAAAGCUCGCUGCCGUGCCACCACCGCAGCCAUUGCCAUCACCGUUUUCGGCGCUUAUAG